AUGACUUCCGAGCAGAUCCUGAACAUUGAAUCCUCGCACCCAAACUUUGCAAUGAUUUAUAUUGACCAAGAUGGCAGUCUCCAGGUUGAGACGUCGCCCUUGCUUGCGGGGCACGGCGGAGCCAUCUUCACGCCGGAUAUGGCGGACCGUUUUAUGGAAACGGUGAUCUCGAGUUCUCAAUCCGGGCAACAACAGCCUUCCCCUUUCCUAUGGAAUAUUGAGCCGGAAGCUGAAUGGGCGUCCACCAGCAGCCAUACUGAACCCGUCGACUUGAUACCUUGCGAAUUGCAGCUCCAACAGAGCCGACAAAAGCGACGUGGCUUAAAGCGACAUCGACCUGGCCCUACGCCAAACCCUCCAGCGCCACCAAGACAGACGAUUCUCCGAGUCAGUGACAGGAACUUGUUGCGACAGUAUUAUGAAAAUGCAUUUGAAAAUUUUCAACAAUUAAAUUGCCGAGCCAUCGCGAAGUCAUAUAUAAAAUUCCUCGAGCCACGAAAACAGGUCAAUUUUCCUUACAACGGGCGCAAAGUAAUUUCCGGCAUAAUGCAACAGGUCGAUCCAGAGCUUACUAAGCCCGGAUGGUGGCCUGCUGGUAUCAUACACCGGGAACCUGACCACCUACUUAAGAGCGACCGAAUUCGACUUCUGGUUCACAUACUAUGUGAUCUUAAAGACACCCACGGAGUCACUGUGGACAAGCUCCGGCGAGCCAGUCUCGACCUGCGCCGCUAUAUAACGCCGGCAAUCCGGCUGCAGGUCCUGGAUGAGAUCUAUUUCGUGCGACAGAUGGAAGAGCAAUUUUUAAAUGGAGAGAUCGAUGCAAACUUCCUGCUUCAGAUGACCCAAACUCUCCUCCCCGUCGACAUUCACGACAUCCAUCAAGCUCACGUGUCACCUACCAGCGCACCUGCUAUUUCUGGUCCACUAUUAGAUGCCGACAAUGAUAGACAGGCCUCCCGCGAUGAUAGACAUUGGCCUUGUGAUUAUAGCUCUUCGAUGAUACAAGGCCGGCAAAUUCUCCCGCUCUCCCACGCCACCAGCGGAUACGAUGGUCAGCGAAGGCCUACCGGACGGUAUUAA